AUGUGGACCUUUGCUUUACUUCUCGCGUUGGUCGCAAUCACGAAUGCAACUCCUGGGCCGGCGAUGAUCGAUGAAACAACACGAUGGAGUCAAUGCAAAGACACCAAUCAAAGCAUUUACGAUUUUCAGCUUGAAACUCUUCAAGGUGAAUACACGGAUCUUUCGCAAUACAAAGGUCAAGUCCUUCUUGUCAUCAAUGUUGCCACAUUUUGCGCGUACACGCAACAAUACACAGAUUUCAACCCAUUGAUUGAGAAAAACGCAAAUGGUGGAUUCACAAUUCUCGCUUUUCCAUGUAAUCAAUUCUAUCUUCAGGAACCAGCCGAGAAUCACGAGAUCUUGAAUGGAGUGACAAAAGUGAGACCGGGAAAUGGAUGGCUUCCACAUCAAAAUCUUCACAUUUACGGGAAAUUGGAAGUGAAUGGAGAGAACCAUCAUCCAUUGUAUGAGUUCAUCAAGGAUUCGUGUCCGCAAACUGUUGACAAAAUUGGCAAAACGGACGAAUUAAUGUACAAUCCAGUGAGACCAAAUGACAUCACAUGGAAUUUUGAAAAAUUCUUGAUUGAUCGACAGGGUAAGCCACGAUUCCGAUUCCAUCCGACCGCUUGGAGCAAAGGUGCCGUCGUUCAGCCAUUCAUAGAUCAACUUAUGAAUGAAAAAGCC